AUGACCUUCCCAGCAGGAGCGGAGAGAGGGCGAGAGAGAACUAGUGGGUGGGUAAUUCGCCUAGGGGAGGUGCUAGAUGGUUCCACAAGCUCUUGGCUGACACCUGAUGUUCUCUGGCCCCAGGCGGCCUCGGGGGCCGUGGCCUCCGAGAUCGCUCGGCCCGCAGGACCCGCCCCCCUGCCCCCUGCCCAGCCAGCGAGGGCGCUCCCGCCGCCUCGCCCAGCUCCCCGGGACCCGCGCCAUCCUGCACCAGGCCCCGCACGCGCCUCCCCGGGCCUCCGCUGCAGAGACCUACCCCGCAGGCUGACCGAAAUCGCGAGCGCCCCGCAGCAGGUACCAACGCCUGCCGCCGACCAGCUCGAGCUUCCCGCCUUCCUACAGCCAACCACGGGCCGGGCGCCGAGCAUGCGCACCACGGCGUGCAGUGCUGGUCCCGCCCCCGACUCUGAUUGGACAACCGUUGCAGCUUGUCCAGAGACCCACCUCCCAUGACUCUACAUUCUAUCAAGUGGACGACGUUAGUCAUCAUAGUACAGAUGCAAACUAAUACGAACUGAAAGCUUCUUAAAUGCAAGGCUCAAAUAAAUGAGAAAAGAAGUCAAGACCCAGCCGGGAGUGGUGGCGCA